AUGUCAUUUCAAGUGUUAAUGUUUGCACCUAAGACCAGUUUGCACCUAUACUAUAAGUUCUACUAUAUGCGUAGUAAACAGGCGUUUUUUUAUAUCGCAACUUAUUUUUAAUUAAAUAAUUUCACUUUAUAUCUGUUUUGGGUGUUUUAUAGUGCAUUGAAGAGAGAUGUCAGGGCAAAUACAGUCGACAGAGUUAAAACACUGGCAUGCAACUGUGCCCAAUGAGUUGAGACAACACUUGGUUCAUACAAUAGUACAGUCAAUAAUCCCGGGCACACAGAAAGCUACGCUCAUCGAACCACGUCUUCAGAACGUGGUGAACUUCGCAAGGAGUAUAGAAGAAGAUUUUUAUGCAGCCUCAUCAUCCAGGUCGGAGUACUACCGCUGUAUUGCUGAUAAAGUGUACCAGUUUGUGAAAGAGAUGGAAAAUAUUAGGGAGGGGUGUAGAAAUCAGGAUAUUUACGAAGAUAUUACUGAUAGGUUGGCUCGGCUGUAAAUUAAAUAAAUGUUUUUAUGUACAUCGUUAAUACGUUAUGACUGGGUUUGUAAAUGUAAGGAUAUAGUUUUUGUGUUCCUAGUUAUUAUAAUAAACUCGUGUUAUAGCAAGUUAUAGUAUGAGUAUUUAAAUAUACUUUAAUAAAAAGCCCAAUGUGUAAUCUAUGUAUAAUUCACUUAAUUUAAUUAAACGUAAAUAGUUGACAAUAAA